AUGGCACCACCGGAUGAUCUUCGAAUCGGCUGUUUAUUGCCUUCUGCAACAGCCAUUUGUGUUUCAUUGGGUUUGGAAGAAUACAUCGUCGGUGUCACGCACGAAUGCACUGCCUUGUCGAACCAUAACCAAAACCAGCGCAAACAAAAUAAGGUUCAGGUGCUAACCAAGGACGGUUUGAACGUCACAUCUCAGGGGGAUAUUCACAAGGCUAUAUCGUCUGCUCCAGCACCAUCAUGCGCUGCCAUCCCUGGAAAGGAAAUUCCUUCCUUUUAUCCGAUCUUACAGGACCGAUUGGAAUUGGCCAGACCCAAUGUCAUUUUCACCCAAGAUUUGUGUGCCGUUUGUGCUCCCACAGCCACCGAUGUACAGAAAAUUGUAAAGGAUGGCGAGCCGGCCAUAAUCUCCUUGCAACCGACGACGCUUCAAGAAGUUGCCGAUAGCUUUGUUACGGUCGCCAAGGCCUGUGGAAUUGAAGAUCGAGGCAUUGCGUAUCGGAAGCAGUGGUGGUCCGACUUGGAACAGCUGAAAUUGACCAUCCUAGAAACUAGAAUAGAAAACAAACCAUCACCACGGUUGUUCAUUUUGGAAUGGUUGGAUCCGCCCUUUGAUUCUGGUCACUGGACCUAUCAGAUGAUGGACUUUGCCUGUGUUGAAAUGGCCAACACCAACAAGGACGACAAGCUUCAAAAUGACUUCAAGGCGCAUGCCAUUCAAUGGGAAGAUGUCUACAAGACGAAACCAGAUUUGAUACUGGUAGGCUGUUGUGGCUUUGACUUGGAUCGAAAUUACCAAGAUACCAAGAGCCAUGCCGAUAAGUUUGCUCCUCUCCUUCAAGCAGGAACAGCGAUUUUUGCAUGCAAUGGCAACGAAUACAUUGCCAAUCCCGGAACUUCUCUGCUACAAGGGGUGGCAAUACUGGCACAAUGCGCCUAUCACGAUCAGCCACAAGUAUUGGAUGCCAUUCGUGCGCUGAACAUCAUUCCUCCUGACACUGGAUUCAAGCCUGUUCCCUUUGACACCCAUGAGCUCCAUGAUGCAAAAGACAAUAAUCAAGACGACAAGUCGAAGAAUUCUGCAUCCCUGGCUAUAGCAAAGACAUCUUUGGGCGUCGGAGAUAUUGAAGAUCUGGUUAGUGAAAACGAAGGCUUUGCCAAGGUACACGAGGAAGCCUGUCGAGAAGGGAAGCAAAUGUACACGGAUCCGGAAUCGGGGUAUUCGGUAUUCACCGAGUUGGCCCACAAGGAACGUGGCUUUUGCUGUGGUUCCGGAUGUCGUCACUGUCCCUAUAGUCACGAAAAUGUCAAGAACAAGGAGAAGCGGAUUCAGCAGCCUGCUAUCAUGUAUCGACAGUCCGAAAGCGCCGAUCUCUUUUCUUGGAAAGAAAACGCUGAAGUGAAGGUCUUGUUUGACAGUGGAGGCAAGGACUCGUUCCUUACCAUCCGGGCCUUGGCCAAGUCAUAUCGAAAGGACAAACCUUUUGGACUGGUAUUAUUGACUACCUUUGAUGCUACUUCCCGGAAUAUUGCCCAUCAAAACAUUCCGAUUGACGAUGUUGUCAGACAAGCCAAACACUUGGAUAUCACUUUGCUGGGGAUACCACAUCACCGAGCCAGUGGUGAGACAUACAUCAGCAAGAUCACACGUGGUCUGGAAGUUAUCCAAAAGAAUUUGCCUCGGCCUGAUUCCAAAAUUACGACAAUGGUAUUCGGGGAUUUGCAUCUGGAGCACAUCAAGGAUUGGCGGGAAAAUACAUUCAAGAACGCUGGGUACCAAAUGGAAUAUCCGCUAUGGAAGGCGGACUACAGUGAGCUACUGAACGACUUGGAAAAGUCUCAAGUACCUUGCUUCAUUACGGGAUCCACCAAUGUCCAAGUCAAAGUUGGGACCGAAUUCACAAGAUUUUUCUAUCAAGAAGUGGUUGCGGCCAAACUGGACGGAUUCGGGGAGAAUGGGGAAUUUCACUCGCUUGCCAAAGUUUGGGAGGUACCACGAGCAACAGCACUAGGGGUCCAACAAUAG